AUGAGCGCAGACUUUCCUCUCGGCUUCUUGUACAGCCUUCCACCGCGACCAAAGACCAGGUCGCUCGGUGAUCACAUCGCAGAACAUGUCACCGACAAUGGCAGAAUAUCCACCCUGAUCGACUGUCUUCCUUCCACCUCGAGUCCAGCACUCUGGUCGCCAGAUCUCUCCCGUCCACCUCUCGAACACCGUCACAUCCGAUCUUUCGUCUCCAACUUCAUCCUACCAUGCUCAUCCGGCGCGUCGCCUCUUGGUCCCAACGACCGAGUCAUGAUGGCACUGCCAACAGGUCCCGAAAAUGCUUUGGCUCUUCUCUCCGUCGCUGCUUACCACACUUGUGCACCUGUCAACGCCAGUUGCACAGCCGGCGAGUUGCGCGAUGAUGCACUUCGACUCCGUGCACGAGCCGUCGUCACUACAAGAGAUGCAGUCGAACGUCUCGGUUUGCAUACCCUUCGCGACCAGGACAACAUGCAGAUCGUCUUUGUCGAGCCAAGAACAUCAGGUCCUGCAGGUAUCUUUGACAUGUCGCUCCUCGGCGAGAAUGGCGUUGCAUCCACAUCGGGCCGACGUCCCUCUCAACCUCACGCUCUCGAGCACCAGAGUCUUGUUCUCCACACUUCCGGUACCUCGGGCAAGAAAAAGGUGGUGCCAUACUCGCUACGACAUCUCAUCGUUGGUACAUGCUGUGUCGUCUACUCCUGGGAUCUUCGACCCGAGAGUGUCAAUAUGAACAUGAUGCCUCUCUUCCACGUCGGCGGUAUCGUUCGUAACCUCUGGUCGCCCGUCUUCUCGGCGGGAAGUGCAAUCAUGUGCGCUGGCUUCGAUGCCAACGCCUGGUGGCCACUUGCCAAGCAGCUUGGUGCUACUUGGUACUAUGCUGCACCCACCAUGCACCACGCCAUUCUUGCAUCCAAGCCCCAAGGUGUCGAUGCCUCCAAAGAGACCAACAUCAAGAUGAUUGCCAACGCAGCCGGCGGUCUUUUGCCAUCGCUUGCCAUCCAGCUCAAGGAGACGUUCAUCGGAUGCGCCGUGCUUCCUUCGUACGGAAUGACCGAGUGCAUGCCCAUCGCAUCGCCACCAACCAACUACCAGCUCGAUCGACCAGGUUGCUCCGGUGUCGCUUGCGGUCCCGAUCUAUCCAUUCGUGAUCCCUUCGACAAGGAACGCGAGUUGCCCCUCGGCCAGACUGGUGCCGUCUCGGUGCGAGGUCUGCCAACCUUUUCAGGCUACGAAGUAUCAGCCGAUCCAUUCGAGCCUCUCGACACCUCUUCUUUCUCCACUGACGGUUGGUUCGACUCGGGUGACAUGGGUCAUAUGGACGCAGAUGGAUACCUCUAUAUCACAGGUCGAUCCAAGGAGAUCAUCAACAAAGGUGGUGAGGUUGUUUCACCUUUCGAAGUUGAGGAAGCCAUCACACAAGCCUGCUCGGAUCGUGUCAAGCAGUGUCUUGCCUUCUCCAUCGAGCACGAUGUCUUGCAAGAGACCAUCGGUAUCGUUAUCGUACCCGUGCCGAACCAGCCACGAGUCGGUCUUGCCGAGCUGCACAACAUGCUUCGAUCUCAUUUGCACCCAUCCAAGUGGCCAUUCGCUGCUGUUUACAUGGACGACCUUCCCAAGAAUCAGGCAGGAAAACCCCUCCGUAUCAAGCUCGGCACCCGUCUCGGCAUCGGUCCGCUUUCGGACGAUGUUCCCCCUCUUCAGCGUCACUUUGAAGCCAAAGCACCGGGCAAGGAGGUUCCGCUCUCUGAGCCCAUCCCAUGCAGCCUCGUCACUGUCGAUGUCCGAGCUGUCGAGCGUGCCUGCUACCGCAUUCCAGGCAUCAUCGAGGCUGCUGUCCGUCAGCGCCGUGACGGUUCGCCAGAAGCUUUCAUCCAGGUCGAGGAGGAUGCUGACUACGAUGCAGCCGACAUCGACCGAGCAUUGGCCCAAGUGCUCCACGGUUACGUAGUGCCCAACCCGCUUCACGUCUUCCGACAGCCUUUGGCCAAGAACCACGGCCAGAUCGAUUUCGAGACCAUGGAGGCCGAGGUGCGCAGGCAGAACGCUUCCAGCAUGACACGCACCGCUUUGAUCGUCCGAGACAUUAUCGCCCGUCUUCUCGACACAGAAGCUGGCUCCAUCACGGCCGAAUCCGACUUUUUCCUUCUCGGUGGUAACAGUCUCUUGCUGGGUCGAUUGGUGCAUCUCAUCCGCAAAGAGACCGGCGUGUCUCUCGAGGUCUCGACCCUCUUCAACAACUCGACUGUAGCAGGCAUUGCUGAUCUCGUGGAUGACGAGCAGGGUGAGGAUGAAGAGGAUGAAGACCACUUCUACGAUGGCUACGAUGACAAGGGCGCUCUCGGUGCCACCUACGCUGCCCACCGCUACGACGAGGAUGAAGACGUUGCUUUCCAGAGCCACGGCUACAAGCCACGCAGUCAAACCCAUCCAUGGGUUCUCUUGAUCCAAGCCAUUCCGUUCCUCUUCUUCUAUCCCUUCAAGGCUGCCUGGACAUGGACCGUCAUCUUGCACGGUCUCGCUUUCUCCGCCUUUUACAUUCGUGAUAUCUUCUGGGAGCGUGUCGGUGCAUUGUUGGCAUCCAUUAUCGUUGCCAGGUUGACCAGUCGUAUCAUCUGUCCCGUCACUGCCAUCGCCUUCAAGUGGGUCGUCAUCGGCAGGUACCGCCCGGGCAAGUACCCGAUGUGGUGCAACUAUCACCUUCGAUGGUGGCUCGUCAACCAGUCGCUCAAGACUGCCGGUAAGGGUCUCUUUGCGAUGACGCCUGGAUUGCAGAAGACCUACUACCGCUUGUUGGGAAUGUCGAUUGGCUCGGAUGUUCAGAUUGACCAGUUUGCCAAGAUUGCCGAGCACGACUUGAUCACCAUCCACGACGGCGCUCGAAUCGACAAGUGUCUGCUUCGUGGCUUCUGUGUCGAGCGUAACGGCUACUUUAGACUGGAACCCGUCAUCGUUGGCCGCGACUGUGUUAUCAACACCUUCACUCAGAUCUCUCCAGGUGCUAGGCUCGCUGACGGAACAGUUUGGGGCCCUCAGUCCUCUUCGCACGAAGAGCCUUCAUCGGAUGCCUACGCUGCCUACAACCGCAACAACGCUCCUCAGCCUCACUGGGCGCUCAAGGGUCUGAUUGGAUACCCCAUCAUCUUUUUCGUCCGCUUUGCCUGUUACGUGCCCUGGUUCGCCUCUCUCUUCAUGCUUCUGUCCCAGCCCUUCGCAUUUGAUCACCAUGACAGUGUCAAAGGUGUCAUUGCUUGGUUCGCCUACCCUCGUCGUAUCGGAUGGCAUUACGUCGCUCGUGUUGUGCGAAACGGUAUGCCUCCACUCAUCAAUCUGGCUUUCGGUAUCCUGAUCAAGCGCACUCUUGGUCUCAACAAGGAGGGUUCGAUGCGCAACGCAACACAGUAUGCACUCUUCCGUCGAUGGAUGAACCAGCAGCUUCUGUCUCAGCCACGAGUGCGUCGUGCUCUCGCCAUCUUGGGUACGCACUACGAGAUGACAUCGGUCAUCUUCCGUGCGAUGGGUGCACGCGUCGGCAAGCGUGUCUACUGGCCUGGUUCGAGCAUCUACUGCCCCGAUCCCGAACUGCUCGAAAUUGGUGAUGAUGUCGUCUUUGGCUCGCGAUCCGAAGUGUUCACAUCGGACAGUAUCGGUUGGGCUCGCGUUCGCGUUGGACGAGGUGCCAUGAUUGCGGAUCGUGUCGUCUUGCUGCCAGGAACUAUCAUUGGCAAACAGUGUGUCAUGGGAUCUGGUGCCUUGGCUCGACGAAACGGUCACUACGAGGAAGGCAGUGUAUGGAUGGGCUCCAAGCACGGUGAAGCUGUUAGCUUCGGUAAGGCGGUGCCCGAGAAGAGCGAAGGAAUGGUGUCGGGCGGUGACGACGAGACCAUCACACCUUUCGGACGUGCAUUCUACAAGCGACAGGCCAACUUCUUCGUAUUCCCGUACCUGAUGCUGGUUGUCAUCAAUGUCGGUAUGACCAUCUUUGCGUCGGCCUACUGGGCUACAGCGGCUGUGGGCACGGUGCUCAUCCUCAACUUGCUGCGAAAGGACUUUGAAUUCUCCAAGGCUGGCUUCCUCUUUGAUGACCACUGGUACCGACCCGGCCUGAUUUACGCGGUGAUUGCGAUUCUGUUUGUAAUCAUCCUGACGAUCCAGGCGUUACUGGCGUUCAUGUGGACGAUUAGCACCAAGUGGGCGGUGAUCGGACGACGUCGCGAGGGGCGUUACGACUGGGACAAGUCGUCGUACUGCCAGCGUUGGCAGCUGCACCUCACGCUGCAAAAGCUUCUGGGUAAAGGAUUCGGUGGACACAUCUACGGCAACAUCUCUGGAACGGUAUUUGCAGUGUGGUACUUGCGAGCACUUGGCGCCAAGAUCGGAAAGGACUGUGCGAUCUGGGCUGGUGGCAAGCCGUCGCUUCAAUUGACAGAGCCGGAGCUGGUCUCGAUGGGCGACAGGGUUAGCAUCGAUGACGCUUCGGUUGUAGCACACAUCAAUUCGCGAGGACGAUUCAGUCUGAACAAGUUGCGCAUUGGUGAUGGAUGCGCAAUGCGUUCGGGAAGUCGAUUGCUCUCGGGUGCCAGCAUGGAACCUCGUUCGAUGCUGUUGGAGCACACACUGGUGGCAUCAGGUGAGAUCGCUGAAGCAGGUGCUGUCUACGCAGGAUGGCCUGCUCGUCAGCUGCGUGUGCGAAAGCCACACCGAGGCAACGGCAUCCAUGAUGAGAUGUCGGCUGGCAGCAGCACGACCAAUUUGCAUCAGCAAGCACCUCCUCCGGGUUACUUUGGUCAUUGA